CUCUGAGACCCGAUUUGAAAUAGGAGCCAGGCGGUCCUCGCUUCCCUGCUCCCGACUUUUCAUAGGCUGGGGAAGAAAAGCUUGAGAAACUUGACAUUGCCUUGGGCAGAGUGCAUGUAGCAACAGAUCAAAGGAAAAGCGGAAGAAAACGUGCUCUUUGCUGCCCGUGGAUCUCGCUGAGUUGCUUUUGUCUUGCGGGCUUCUGCUGGGUUUGGUGUUUCCCCUCCGAAGACCGCAGCGUGGGCUUCGAGGCAGCUCACUCCCUGCCGGAUGGGUCAUGGAAUUCUAAACAUGAGGCAGAUAGCUGAUCAGCUUCCUUGGAAUUUGCUGAUGACCCAGGAGAGCUGUGCCUGAAGAUGGAAACAUUGGAGUCGGAGCUGACCUGCCCAAUUUGUCUGGAGCUCUUCGAGGACCCUCUCCUGCUACCCUGCGCACACAGUCUCUGCUUCAACUGCGCCCACCGUAUCCUGGUGUCACACUGUGCCACCAACGAGUCCGUGGAGUCUAUUACCGCCUUCCAGUGCCCGACCUGCCGACAUGUCAUCACGCUCAGCCAGCGAGGUCUAGACGGGCUCAAGCGCAACGUCACGCUGCAGAACAUCAUCGACAGAUUCCAGAAAGCCUCCGUGAGCGGGCCCAAUUCCCCCAGCGAGACCCGCCGAGAGCGGGCAUUCGACGCCAACGCCAUGACCUCCGCCGAGAAGGUCCUCUGUCAGUUCUGUGACCAGGAGCCUGCCCAGGACGCUGUGAAGACCUGUGUCACUUGUGAGGUGUCCUACUGCGAUGAGUGCCUGAAAGCCACUCACCCAAACAAGAAGCCCUUCACAGGCCAUCGUCUGAUUGAGCCAAUUCCGGACUCGCACAUCCGGGGGCUGAUGUGCCUGGAGCACGAGGAUGAGAAGGUGAAUAUGUACUGUGUGACCGAUGACCAGUUAAUCUGUGCCUUGUGUAAACUGGUUGGGCGGCACCGAGAUCACCAGGUGGCAGCUUUGAGUGAGCGCUAUGACAAAUUGAAGCAAAACUUAGAGACCAACCUUACCAACCUUAUUAAGAGAAACACGGAACUGGAGACCCUUUUGGCUAAACUCAUUCAAACCUGUCAACAUGUUGAGGUCAACGCAUCACGUCAAGAAGCAAAACUGAUGGAGGAGUGUGAUCUUCUCAUUGAGAUCAUUCAGCAAAGACGACAAAUUAUUGGAACAAAGAUCAAAGAAGGGAAGGUGAUGAGGCUUCGAAAGCUGGCUCAGCAGAUUGCAAACUGCAAACAGUGCAUCGAGCGGUCAGCAUCACUCAUCUCCCAAGCGGAACACUCUCUAAAGGAGAAUGAUCACGCACGGUUCCUACAGACGGCUAAGAAUAUCACUGAGAGAGUCUCUAUGGCAACGGCAUCAUCCCAGGUUCUAAUUCCUGAAAUCAACCUCAACGACACAUUUGACACCUUUGCCUUAGAUUUUUCCCGAGAGAAGAAAUUGCUUGAAUGUCUGGAUUACCUUACAGCUCCCAACCCUCCCACAAUUAGAGAAGAGCUCUGCACGGCUUCCUAUGACACCAUCACUGUCCACUGGACCUCUGAUGAUGAAUUCAGUGUGGUUUCCUAUGAGCUCCAGUAUACCAUAUUCACUGGACAAGCCAAUGUUGUUAGUCUCUGUAACUCGGCAGAUAGCUGGAUGAUUGUGCCCAACAUCAAGCAGAACCACUACACCGUACACGGUCUGCAGAGUGGCACCAAGUACAUCUUCAUUGUCAAGGCCAUCAACCAGGCAGGCAGCCGCAGCAGUGAGCCUGGGAAGUUGAAGACAAACAGCCAACCGUUUAAACUGGAUCCCAAAUCUGCACAUCGAAAGCUAAAAGUGUCUCAUGAUAACUUGACAGUAGAACGUGAUGAGUCAUCAUCCAAAAAGAGUCACACGCCUGAACGCUUCACCAGCCAAGGGAGCUAUGGCGUGGCUGGAAAUGUGUUCAUUGAUAGCGGCCGGCAUUACUGGGAAGUGGUCAUAAGCGGAAGCACAUGGUAUGCCAUUGGCCUUGCAUACAAGUCAGCCCCGAAGCACGAGUGGAUCGGGAAGAAUGCCGCUUCCUGGGCACUGUGCCGCUGCCACAAUAACUGGGUGGUGAGGCACAACAGCAAGGAAAUCCCCAUCGAGCCAGCCCCUCACCUCCGGCGCAUUGGCAUCCUGCUGGACUAUGAUAAUGGGUCCAUCGCUUUCUAUGAUGCUUUGAACUCCAUCCACCUCUACACCUUUGACAUCACAUUCUCGCAGCCUGUGUGCCCCACCUUCACCGUGUGGAACAAAUGUCUGACCAUUAUAACUGGGCUUCCCAUCCCAGACCAUCUGGACUGCACAGAGCAGCUGCCAUGAGCACCUGGCCACAUGGAGGUGCUCUCUGGGGAAUAGAAAGGCUCAUGGCCACCAUUUAGGGGACAUAGAAAGCACAGGCUUCCUGAGUGUGAUUAAACCUCGCCAAAAAGUAUCCAGGAAUUAGCUAAGAUAGGUCUCAAAACAGGCGAUUGCGUGCCUCCCCUUUACUGUGUUUUGUAUUAAGUACAGUCUUUAAUAAUUUCUUCAAAUUUUUUUUUGUAUUUACAGGAAAAUUUAUAGAUUAUUUAUAAAAGAAACAUAAUGGGGAUUACGACUCUUUUAGGAAUUACUUGGUGUUGCACAUUUAGAGGCCCAUACAUUUAUCAGCUAUUUACAAUCUUUAUUUCACCAUAGUCUGCAACAGUGCGUAACAGAAUGUGCGACUGCUAUAAAGAUAAAACCUAGAUUUGAACCUAGUAGGGAAGCAAAUGGGAAUUCUUACUCUGGUUUAUCUUGAGGUGUUUUAACUGUGAUGGAAGAAGCUUUUGUUAGGUCAGCUACAAUGGAGAGUGAAAGCAAGAAGGGAAACAAUUGAAUUUGGAGCUGGGGAUCUGUAACAUCCAAGUCUUUAACGACCUUCUGAUGGCUGAUGAGAGAGCUUGAAAGGCUCUGAAACCUUUGGCCAUGCUGUAGCCUGCUUUUCCCAGGAUUAAGGAUCCUGGGACAACAUUAAGAAUGAGAUUGCCAUUGAAAAAUAGUCACUUGGAAUCCUACUGAUUAUCAGAAAUUCAACCUGAUUUGUGUCUCCUUAGAAGUAGGAUUCUGUUUCGUGGUAUAAAUCUAAUUCAUUCUUCCUUUUAAUAGUUUCUUUAGGCCUGUGAAAUGUAUUCACUACAUUUAAUAGCUGCCCUACCCCUCCCCACCCCCACCCAAAUAAUUUUUCUUUUGUCACUGGGGCUGAGGAAAGAAAUAUUUUCUACCACUAACGGCAGCACCGCUGUGCGUUGACUUUGCUCUCCAGGGCAUGGCCCCAACCACCACUACCAUGUCCAAAGAUAAGUUAUCCCCCAAACAUUUAACAUUGAUGACAAAGGACAUUGCAUAAAGGACUAUUCGCUAGUACACAUGCCUCAAAAGUUAUUAUAAACUGACUUUCAUUAAACACAUCUUGAAAGAUGUAGAAGUCCCUCUGUAUAUUCUAGUAUAGUUUACCAUAGAGUUAUAAGACAAAAUCAAAUUUGCUGUUCCCACACUGGAACCUGCCAACAGAACCUGCUAAUCGACUAUCAGGUGGUCUUUUUGGCAUGCUGACCUGACAAGUCAGAAUGGUCCCUGUAGUAAGGCUUUCUCAAGCAGUCCUUGGACCUAGAGUAUGGCAUUAGUUCUACCUUGAUGAAGGGCACGACACCUACAAAUCAUUUCAUGUGCUAAAAUAUUUAUCUGGGCUACUGGGUCAGCCAUUUUGACUGAACGGGCUAGUGGAUUUAAGCAUAGUUUGUAGUGAUUUCUUUUUAAGCAAAUCAGCCAGUUAUGUUCCUGCACUCACUCCAUCUGUACACCCACUGUUUCAACAUCACAUUGUGUGAUUUCGAAUUUGGACCUCAUGGCGACCUCCCAUACUUCUGUCCUCCUCACUGGCAGAUGCUCUCCUUUUUCUUAACAGAUAGAGUCUAUAUAUUUACUAUAUUAUUUAUACCCAGAUGAAUAUUUUGAUAGCUACUUAGGGCAAUUUCACAUCUAAAAGAUGAACACCUCAAUGGAAAAAAAAAUCAUUCUCUGGAAACCUAAUAGGAUUUUUUUAUAAUAUAAAAACAAUGUGUAUUUGCCUUCCCAGAAUAAACUGAAAGUGUUGUCUUAGUAAUUUUUACAUACUUUUGGUAGCUGAAUAAUGAAUAUUUUAAUGCACUUUGUACAUUAACAGGUUUUAAAUAAAAAGGUCUAAAAUCCGUGGUCUCCAGGUACCAAUAAAUACUACAGUUUGCCUUACAAUGUUAAUGUAAAGCAUUUACGAGAAGGACAAUAUUUCCAUGAAUAUAAUGUUUUUCAAUAUAAAGCAAUUACUAUUCAGAUUUUCACUGCAAGCCGUUUAGGUUAUGUCUUGACUAUUUUUAUAAAGACAAGGGAUUAUGUUAUAAUUUUGUUGUGGAAGUCUCACUCUUUGCUAACUGAAAACAUUGUGGAUCAUACCAGUUAUGUCCAUGUUGUCAUACUUACCAGAAAAUAUGUAUAUGGUAGAAGUCCACAUUGUUUCCUUUCAUUACUGUAAUGAUGUAGAAAAGAUUUCCAUGUGGAGUUUUUUUUUUGAAAGUCUAAAAAAUAUAUGGUAUACACACUUGCUGCAGUACAAGUCUUUAAAUGGAUCAGGGUCACAGUAUUUUGUUUUUGAGGUCCUUACUUCACAAGAAGCAUUGUAAUUCAGGGGAGAAAGAGAUGGCAGUGCCAAUUAAAUUGAUACAACAACAUUGAUGCAGUGCCAGCUGAGGCUGCUCGGUCCAUCACGUUUAUGUCAACAGUGCUGUUGCCAUCUUGAGAUUCUUACCAAUUUUGAACAAAGAGCCUGCGUUUUCAUUUUGCACUGGGCCUCAAAUUAUGCAGCCAGUCCUCAUAACAACACUCAGAAAUAUGGCACCUCUCUUUUUGGUGGAUACAAAUGAAGAAACUUGGAUCUAAUGUCAAAGUGGCUGGCCAUAUAAUUCAAGUAGGAAUCUAAAUAGAUUAAUAUGAGAAAGAGCUUGGAUGAAGAUUUUCUUCCCAGCAUUAAAAGAAAAUGACUUCAAAAACUGACUGCAAAUAUUAAUGAUGGUUUCUGCUGGAGAAGAGGAAAAGAGCCGAUGACAAACAGGCGUUGUAUUAUGGUACUGAUAUAUUGAUCUUAAACUUGCCAACGAACCAAACCAGCACCCUCCAGUGAACAUGGAAUUCCAUUUUGGCUCCAGGCAUAUAUGCAUUGCUUGCAGAGACACACAUAUAUGCUCACUUGCAUGUGCUUUUAAUGUUGGGAAGUUGAUGAUCGAUCUGGUCUGCCCUUAUACAAUGGUAAGAAGAAUGCAGAGACAAUAAUGGGGGAGGAAGGUUGCUUUCAAAAGUGUUUCUCAACAAGGGGGCAAUUGGUCAAUGUCUGGAGUCAUUUUUGGUUGUUCGAACUUGGGAGAGGGUGCGCCUGACAUCUCAUGAAUAGAGACCAGGAAUGCUGCUCAACCUCCUACAAUGUACAGCACAGCCAUGACAAAGAAUUGUCCAGCCCAAAACAUAAUGCCACAGAUAAGAAACUUGUGUUCUUUGGGGAUUUUUUAAAGCAGAACUCUCACCGAUAUUUUCUACUUUUCCUGUAAUUGAGUCAAUGUCUGAUAUAUCAAAAAGAGAAGAAACGUGGACACCAAAAUCUUCACUGCACUGGCUCCUUCACUUUCAAAAAUAUUUACAACGUCAUUAUGAAAUCUGAAAGCUGAGAAGCAAUCCAAGCCAGUGUAAAUGGGAAUCCACUGAUUAGUGUCAUGAAGAUGUGGUGGUGAUUUGCUGAGUUUGUAAAUGGAAAGUUGGUUUUCUGUGUUGCUCCUUUACCUGGACAAAUUCAGUCUCUGGUACUCGAGUCAUACUGCCAAGACCUCACCCAACCCAGGCUAUUCUCUGCAUUGCUGUUGUUUUCUGCUUCAAAAUAAAAUCAUUUUUGUGGUUCCAAGG